UCAUCUCUUUCCUUAUCCUCUAUUUCUAUCUUGUUCGGCUCUCCCUCUUAUCCCUCGCUCAGGCGCAGAGGAGAAGCAGAAGAGUGACAAGCAGAAAGCUAAUUCGCAAUGGCGACCACUCUAUCCACUCUUACUCUUCGUUCCCCAUCUUGCUCCACACCUACUCCUUCCUCUUAUCCCUCUCAUUCUUCCGCCUCCUUCAAACCCUCCAUCCAAUUCCCCUUUUCUCCCCAUCCCAAUCUUACCCAACGAGCCACCCAUCUCCGCCCCCUCGCCGCUGUUGCCGCCCCCGAGAAGAUCGAGAAGCUCGGCGCAGAUAUCUCCAACCUCACCCUCGAAGAGGCCAAGAUCCUCGUCGAUUACCUCCAAGACAAACUCGGCGUCUCCGCUGCCGCCUUUGCUCCCGCCGCCGUUGCUGCCGCCCCAGGUGCCCCGGCCGACGCCGCCCCUGCAGCCGCCGAGGAGAAGACUGAGUUUGACGUCAUCAUUGAUGACGUCCCCAGUAACGCGAGGAUAGCUGUUAUCAAGGCUGUUAGAGCCUUGACGAGCUUGGCUUUGAAGGAGGCUAAAGAAUUGAUUGAAGGGUUGCCGAAGAAGUUCAAGGAAGGAGUUUCGAAGGAUGAGGCUGAGGACGCCAAGAAACAGCUUGAAGAGGCGGGAGCAAAGGUUUCCAUUGCUUAAACUUUAGAGUCUCUGCAGGAUGGUUCGUUGAAUUUGAGCUUUUAAUUUUUCUUCUUUAAUGUAAUUUUAUAGCUAUUUCUUAGUUGAGUACAGUGCAAUGUGAUUGUUUAUGCUUGAAUUUCAAGUCAGUUGUAAUCGAGGAGUUCUAUUUAUGAAUCACAUUCUAAUUUCAUGGGUUUGCAGCUCUUAUAUUUUUGCUGUCACUGUUUGAAUCAAAGUUGGGAGAAUAAUUCGAACGUUGAGUUUUUUCUGUUUC